AUGUCCCUUUAUCUGCAGCUUCACGUGUUCUUCCAGAAGCGUGUGUACUGGGGUGGGGGUCCGGUCACGUGUUCUUCCAGAAGCGUGUGUACUGGGGUGGGGGUCCGGUCACGUGUUCUUCCAGAAGCGUGUGUGUACAGGGGUGGGGGUCCGGUCACGUGUUCUUCCAGAAGCGUGUGUACAGGGGUGGGGGUCCGGUCACGUGUUCUUCCAGAAGCGUGUGUACAGGGGUGGGGGUCCGGUCACGUGUUCUUCCAGAAGCGUGUGUACUGGGGUGGGGGUCCGGUCACGUGUUCUUCCAGAAGCGUGUGUACUGGGGUGGGGGUCCGGUCACGUGUUCUUCCAGAAGCGUGUGUACUGGGGUGGGGGUCCGGUCACGUGUUCUUCCAGAAGCGUGUGUACAGGGGUGGGGGUCCGGUCACGUGUUCUUCCAGAAGCGUGUGUACUGGGGUGGGGGUCCGGUCACGUGUUCUUCCAGAAGCGUGUGUACUGGGGUGGGGGUCCGGUCACGUGUUCUUCCAGAAGCGUGUGUACUGGGGUGGGGGUCCGGUCACGUGUUCUUCCAGAAGCGUGUGUACUGGGGUGGGGGUCCGGUCACGUGUUCUUCCAGAAGCGUGUGUACUGGGGUGGGGGUCCGGUCACGUGUUCUUCCAGAAGCGUGUGUACUGGGUGGGGGUCCGGUCACGUGUUCUUCCAGAAGCGUGUGUACUGGGGUGGGGGUCCGGUCACGUGUUCUUCCAGAAGCGUGUGUACUGGGGUGGGGGUCCGGUCACGUGUUCUUCCAGAAGCGUGUGUACAGGGGUGGGGGUCCGGUCACGUGUUCUUCCAGAAGCGUGUGUACUGGGGUGGGGGUCCGGUCACGUGUUCUUCCAGAAGCGUGUGUACUGGGGUGGGGGUCCGGUCACGUGUUCUUCCAGAAGCGUGUGUACUGGGGUGGGGGUCCGGUCACGUGUUCUUCCAGAAGCGUGUGUACAGGGGUGGGGGUCCGGUCACGUGUUCUUCCAGAAGCGUGUGUACUGGGGUGGGGGUCCGGUCACGUGUUCUUCCAGAAGCGUGUGUACUGGGGUGGGGGUCCGGUCACGUGUUCUUCCAGAAGCGUGUGUACAGGGGUGGGGGUCCGGUCACGUGUUCUUCCAGAAGCGUGUGUACUGGGGUGGGGGUCCGGUCACGUGUUCUUCCAGAAGCGUGUGUACUGGGGUGGGGGUCCGGUCACGUGUUCUUCCAGAAGCGUGUGUACUGGGGUGGGGGUCCGGUCACGUGUUCUUCCAGAAGCGUGUGUACUGGGGUGGGGGUCCGGUCACGUGUUCUUCCAGAAGCGUGUGUACAGGGGUGGGGGUCCGGUCACGUGUUCUUCCAGAAGCGUGUGUACAGGGGUGGGGGUCCGGUCACGUGUUCUUCCAGAAGCGUGUGUACUGGGGUGGGGGUCCGGUCACGUGUUCUUCCAGAAGCGUGUGUACUGGGGUGGGGGUCCGGUCACGUGUUCUUCCAGAAGCGUGUGUACUGGGGUGGGGGUCCGGUCACGUGUUCUUCCAGAAGCGUGUGUACUGGGGUGGGGGUCCGGUCACGUGUUCUUCCAGAAGCGUGUGUACUGGGGUGGGGGUCCGGUCACGUGUUCUUCCAGAAGCGUGUGUACAGGGGUGGGGGUCCGGUCACGUGUUCUUCCAGAAGCGUGUGUACUGGGGUGGGGGUCCGGUCACGUGUUCUUCCAGAAGCGUGUGUACAGGGGUGGGGGUCCGGUCACGUGUUCUUCCAGAAGCGUGUGUACUGGGGUGGGGGUCCGGUCACGUGUUCUUCCAGAAGCGUGUGUACAGGGGUGGGGGUCCGGUCACGUGUUCUUCCAGAAGCGUGUGUACUGGGGUGGGGGUCCGGUCACGUGUUCUUCCAGAAGCGUGUGUACUGGGGUGGGGGUCCGGUCACGUGUUCUUCCAGAAGCGUGUGUACUGGGGUGGGGGUCCGGUCACGUGUUCUUCCAGAAGCGUGUGUACUGGGGUGGGGGUCCGGUCACGUGUUCUUCCAGAAGCGUGUGUACUGGGGUGGGGGUCCGGUCACGUGUUCUUCCAGAAGCGUGUGUACAGGGGUGGGGGUCCGGUCACGUGUUCUUCCAGAAGCGUGUGUACUGGGGUGGGGGUCCGGUCACGUGUUCUUCCAGAAGCGUGUGUACAGGGGUGGGGGUCCGGUCACGUGUUCUUCCAGAAGCGUGUGUACAGGGGUGGGGGUCCGGUCACGUGUUCUUCCAGAAGCGUGUGUACUGGGGUGGGGGUCCGGUCACGUGUUCUUCCAGAAGCGUGUGUACUGGGGUGGGGGUCCGGUCACGUGUUCUUCCAGAAGCGUGUGUACUGGGGUGGGGGUCCGGUCACGUGUUCUUCCAGAAGCGUGUGUACUGGGGUGGGGGUCCGGUCACGUGUUCUUCCAGAAGCGUGUGUACUGGGGUGGGGGUCCGGUCACGUGUUCUUCCAGAAGCGUGUGUACAGGGGUGGGGGUCCGGUCACGUGUUCUUCCAGAAGCGUGUGUACAGGGGUGGGGGUCCGGUCACGUGUUCUUCCAGAAGCGUGUGUACUGGGGUGGGGGUCCGGUCACGUGUUCUUCCAGAAGCGUGUGUACUGGGGUGGGGGUCCGGUCACGUGUUCUUCCAGAAGCGUGUGUACUGGGGUGGGGGUCCGGUCACGUGUUCUUCCAGAAGCGUGUGUACAGGGGUGGGGGUCCGGUCACGUGUUCUUCCAGAAGCGUGUGUACUGGGGUGGGGGUCCGGUCACGUGUUCUUCCAGAAGCGUGUGUACAGGGGUGGGGGUCCGGUCACGUGUUCUUCCAGAAGCGUGUGUACAGGGGUGGGGGUCCGGUCACGUGUUCUUCCAGAAGCGUGUGUACUGGGGUGGGGGUCCGGUCACGUGUUCUUCCAGAAGCGUGUGUACUGGGGUGGGGGUCCGGUCACGUGUUCUUCCAGAAGCGUGUGUACUGGGGUGGGGGUCCGGUCACGUGUUCUUCCAGAAGCGUGUGUACUGGGGUGGGGGUCCGGUCACGUGUUCUUCCAGAAGCGUGUGUACUGGGGUGGGGGUCCGGUCACGUGUUCUUCCAGAAGCGUGUGUACAGGGGUGGGGGUCCGGUCACGUGUUCUUCCAGAAGCGUGUGUACAGGGGUGGGGGUCCGGUCACGUGUUCUUCCAGAAGCGUGUGUACUGGGGUGGGGGUCCGGUCACGUGUUCUUCCAGAAGCGUGUGUACUGGGGUGGGGGUCCGGUCACGUGUUCUUCCAGAAGCGUGUGUACUGGGGUGGGGGUCCGGUCACGUGUUCUUCCAGAAGCGUGUGUACUGGGGUGGGGGUCCGGUCACGUGUUCUUCCAGAAGCGUGUGUACUGGGGUGGGGGUCCGGUCACGUGUUCUUCCAGAAGCGUGUGUACUGGGGUGGGGGUCCGGUCACGUGUUCUUCCAGAAGCGUGUGUACUGGGGUGGGGGUCCGGUCACGUGUUCUUCCAGAAGCGUGUGUACUGGGGUGGGGGUCCGGUCACGUGUUCUUCCAGAAGCGUGUGUUACAGGGGUGGGGGUCCGGUCACGUGUUCUUCCAGAAGCGUGUGUACUGGGGUGGGGGUCCGGUCACGUGUUCUUCCAGAAGCGUGUGUACAGGGGUGGGGGUCCGGUCACGUGUUCUUCCAGAAGCGUGUGUACUGGUGCGGGGUGAAGGCCUGCUGGUAGUCUUCUUCUGCAGGGGACCGGGUUGGGCUCUUCUUCACCUCCCUCCUCCUCUGCCUCGCUCGGCGCUCUUCCUCUGA